AUGAUCAACUCUUACGUCGACUAUGUCACAGGAGUUGAUGAUCCUAAAACUUCAUCGGAUCGUACACUAUUUGAAAGAGUAUCAGUGUCGACACUUGUCAAAUUCAUAGUGUUUUCUGUAUUGGUCAUGUCCAUCCUAACACAUCUCUUGACACGUCUGUGUAGUGGAGAGACGGAAUGGCUUGGUCGAAUGUUUGUAAUGUCAACACUUGCAUCGUUUUUUACAUCGUUUGCCUAUACACAUUUCAAGUACAUUGCAAUGGGUCAAAUCAUCUACAGCUUUGGUAUCUAUGGUAUCAUGAGUAUCUACUAUUGUCUCUUUGCCAAUCAACCACCCGAUCUAUUAUUCUUCCAACUAUCAACACCCGUCGUUCUUCAAUUGACUACUUGUCUAUUGGCAGGUUAUCAUAGAGAUAUAGAUGAAGAUAAAAAAGCUGGUAUCAAAACAAUUUGUACUAUACUUGGUAAAAGUAACAGUAUCUAUUUUAUUGGUUUUUUAUUUUUUUGUUAUUAUUUAAUGUUAAUAUUUAUAUCAUUGUAUUUUAAAAAUUAUUUAAUGUUGAUUACUUUGAUAUCAGUGGUAGAUGUUUAUCGAUUAUUAAAAAGAGGUUUAAAUGGAUCAACACAAAGGUUUAAUUUUGAAGCUUUUAGAGCUUCUGGUCCAUCUUAUUUUUUAUAUAUCCUUUCUAUUUUAAUUCAUGGAAAGAUUAAUUAA